UUAAUAGUUCACAGCAUUUAUUAUGAAUUAAAAUAUUAUACAUUAAACAUUUGUGAAGCUAUCAAUUGGAUGAUAUGCUUUUUUGUAGUCAGGAAAUCUUGGUAUCGGUACUUUUCGUAUCUAUUGGGACAGUAACAGGUAUAACAUGUUGGACAUGUGACAAUGCCGAAAGUUUGGAAGUGUGUAAUAAUCAGGGUAAACUGACGCAGUGCAAUUCAGCACAGACGAGCUGUGGAAUUGAAGUCAGAGGACUAGGAUCGACUGAGAGAAUGAAUAUUUACAAGUUUUGCAAACAAGAAACUGCUUGUUUAAAUAUGUUGGAUCAGAACUCUGGAACGCUGCCUAACUGUAAUCCAUUUCCAAACAACGUUUGCCGCUGUUGUUGCCUUCGUGAUGGGUGCAAUUCAAGGACGCUGGAUUGUUUGGGACAUGUAGUGACACAAUGUGAUGAGAAACCAUCGGUACCAAUAAAUGGCUACGUAAUUUGCAGCGAUGCAACAAACAUUGGAUCAGUUUGUACAUUCGGAUGCGAAGAAGGAUAUGUUAUAAUAGGGCCCACCACAAUCACAUGCAUAAAUGUUCAACAGAAUGGAGGAUCUCCUGUAUGGUCGCAGGGGCCACCAAUUUGUAAACAGACUCAAUGUGGUACUGUCCCACCAUCUCCUGUCAAUGGAGAGGUGUUCUGCAAUGGUAAUAUCAUUGGUUCAAAAUGUGAUUUUGUAUGUAAUAACGAAUACUUUCGAGUUGGAAGGAAAUCAGUUACAUGUAUAGACAACGAAGAAGAUUCGGACCCAAAAUGGAACGGAAAAACUCCAAUUUGUUACAAACAAAAAUGUGAUGCUGUCCUAUGGGCUCCAACAAAUGGAUUUAUGAAAUGUUCAAAUGAAAGAUUUGUCGGAUCAAUUUGUUCAUUCCGUUGUGAUUAUAGAUAUGAUCUUGUUGGGCACAGGAAAUCUACUUGCAUCAUUAACUCAUCAAUUAAACAAGUACAAUGGAGAAAUAAGCAACCGAAAUGCAUCCGAAAACUCUGCAUUAGCAUGCCAGCUACCCCUGAAAAUGGACAGAUGUUCUGUUCUGAUAAAAGAUACUACGGGUCUGUGUGUGCAUUCCGAUGCGAUGAAGGUUAUCAGAGAAAUGGACCUUCACAUACCAAAUGCAUUUCCAAAAAUAAACUCGUUGAUGAAGAACCGCAGUGGAACUUAGAAACGCCGGUUUGUAACAAAGCUGGGUGUCCAGAAAUACGUCUUCAGUAUGGAAUAACAACAUGUUCAGAUGAAAAUCGUAUUGGGUCAAUAUGCAAAUUUACAUGUACUUCAAAGGAAUAUGAACGAUAUCCAAAAUCAAGAAAGACAAUAUCAUGUCAAAACAACUCCAAUUGGUCAGAAGAGCCGCCUUGCUGUGCUAGAAAGUGCCCACCCUACAACCUAAUGGAUUUGGUCAUACUGCUAGACUCGUCGUCUUCAAUUGGUAAAAGGAAUUGGAAAAAGAUGAUAAGUUUUGUUGAUACUGUCGUGGAUUUAUUUGUUGUACAAAACGAUUCUGUCAACUUCGGAAUAAUACGUUACAAUGCAGAAAUAGACGUUAAAACAAAAAUUGAUCUGAACAAAUCACCAAAAAAUGCUACAAGAUUAAAAGAAUUGAUAGCAAAGAUUCCAUACAAUGGCAAAGGUACACGAACGGGUGAAGCAAUGACAUAUGUGCAAGAAAACAUGUUCAGCUACGGAAGAGGAGACAGGCCCAAUGCUCGCAAUGUUCUUCUAGAUAUUACCGACGGCAAAUCUCAGGAUGACAUUACAGAGCCUUUGAGAAUCUUAAGAAAGAACGGUAUCUCGACUUACGUGAUAGCUGUGACAUCAGUACUAAGUGCCUUUGAUGAAAUUUGGUUCAAUGGAACCGACAACGAGCAUCUCUAUACUGUUGGAAGUUUCGCAGAUUUGACUCGUGAAUACGCAGAAGAAAUAAGUUUGAAUCUUUGUGGCGAUCCAUGUGAAGCAACAAACAAUUAAAAUAUUAAUGUGGUUUUCACUCUACCAAUUUUUGUUGGAUUUCUACGCAUAUUAGGUAUUUUUAUCAGCGAUGCACACGAAUUGAAUCGCCUAUUUCUUAUAAACCUGAGAUGAAAACGAAACAGGGAUGCAGGUAACUCUAACGUCACGACCAAGCUGCCAAAAUAGGUUCCUGAAUUAUUAUGGGAGUUGGCAUUUGCGCAAUUAUUGUGUAAUUACAUAAGAUAUUUUGUUGAAUGUCUAAAUAGAACCGUUCAACUAACGAGUAUCGGUCGACGAUACCAAGCUGCAUAGAAAUCGGAUACAUCGUUAAUCACAUAAGAUAAUUUUAGUCAGCGCAAAUAUGUAACAUAUUUUUUCACAUGAUUACUGAUUUUUAACUUUAGGAAUAGUUGAAUUUCUCAGACCUGUUUAAACACUGUGUGUUUAUUUAGCAUGAUAUCAUUGCAUAAUAGUAGUCAUUUUGUAAUCCACAUCACGUGUCUUUAUAAUGUUGCAAAGAGCGUUUAGCAUUAAAGCACUCUGACACGAUAACUGCCUUAUUUUUAGCUCUCUCGCAAACAAGGAUAAAGUAGAUCAAAUUUAAUUUCAGUAAUUGUAAACACUCACCUGCAAAAAUUAAUAAAUUCAAACAACAGUAUAGUCGAAACUAGGCUUCAU